AUGACUCUGCAGUUUCAGACCCUGUGUUUGAAAACUAUCUACGAGUAUACAGAGUUUAUUUACGAUGUCAAGAAAUCGCCAGGAUUCCAGGUCCAUGUUUUGUAUAAAAAUAAUAAAAUCAUAUUUAAUCCUCCCUAUGGCGAAUUUCGAGACGCCAUGUUGAACGUUUACUCUGAUUUGAUCAGAGCAGUAGGCGAUAUUCCUCGAAUCGAGACGAAACUUUUUGAGAAGAAUAUCGAUAAAUUCGAUUCGUUGUUUUUGAAACUUUCUAUUCUACCAGCAGUUGUAGAACAAUGUCGUGACAAAGUAGAGGAAACAUUGCAAAAUGAGUGGAUUUGUCCCGAAUUAAAAAUACAGGAUUUCGACGAAUACGUGUGUUUGAUUAAUGGACAGUCGAGAAUCGAAGUGAAUAAAUUCCUCUCCGACGAGCAACCCUUCGAGUUAUUCAAACUAAAGGUCGCUUAUUACCACAACCUCAGCGAUGAAAUUGCCCUAUCUUCGAGUCGAGUAGUCACCAUUGGUUCAUUCGAAAUACAUCGAGAACACUUCAUAUCGAUCUUGAUGAAUAAAUCACAAGUGACCAAAGAUCGAUUCUUGACCAAAAUCAACGAUACGUAUCAAAACGCUUGUCGUUGUUUGAACGAAGAGUUCCAAAUUAUCAAAGAUACUUUGCUCAAGCCGCCUGCAAACACAGCGGAAUUGGUGAAAAUGAAAGAAUACUGCCUGAAUCUAGGAACCAAAGUCUUUUUCCAGAUGGAAGACCGGUUAAGAGAGACUAUGGAUUAUAUAUUAUUCUGUUCCGAUUACGUUGCCCUGACUAGUGCUCAAAUUAAACAAAAUUCCGUCACUUUUUUAUGGUAUAGAAGGAUUAACUCGAUUUUGGAAGAGAAUCGUGGGAUAAUAAAAGAAAAAACUAAAGAAUUUCAGGAUUUGCUGGUGAAUCGUAUUGAAAAUUUCAAACAUAGUCUCGAGAAGUAUGAGAAAGAGGUGGCUGAAUUUCAGCAUUAUCGAGAUGCUGCGGAUCUGUCCAAGUAUUUGAAAAAAUCGCAGAAUUUGCAUAAAAAGUUAUGUAUGGCUAACGAUCGUAUUGGCGAAUUUAACGAAGAAGAGGUAGCUUUCGGAUGGAUUCGUACGGUUUAUCCGAAGCGAGAUGAGAUCGUUGACAAAUUAGCUCCGUAUAAGAAAUUAUACGAGAAUUGCGCCGAUUACAAGAAUAAAUAUCAGAUUUGGACCGAGGCAAAAGUCGGCACAUUCCAACCAAUCGAUAUUGAAAAAGAUGUAGAAACUUUCCACGACAAUAUCAUCGAAUUAAGCAAACAGUUUUCAUCGGUGCCAGCCCCAUAUGCCUUGACCAAUAGCAUACGUCAAGAUGUAGAACAAUUCCAAGGCUAUAUGCCAAUUGUCAAUACCUUGGGAAACCCUUGCCUUAAAGAAAGACAUUGGGAGAAAAUCUCCGAAAUUGUAGGUUUCCCUAUUCGAGUCGAAGAUGAUCUGACUCUGGCUAAAAUUCUAGAUUACGGUUUGGACGAAUACGUGCCAAAGUUUCAAGUUAUCAGCGAUUCGGCUACUAAAGAAAAUAAUUUGGAGAUGAGGCUUAACCAGAUGAUCACCGAAUGGAAAGAUAUGAAGUUUAAAAUUAUACCUUACAGGGACAGUGGGACGUAUAUUUUGACCACAGCCGAUGAAAUCCAAGUUCUACUCGACGAUCAUAUUGUGAAAACUCAGACUAUGAAGAAUUCUCCGUACAUUAAACCUUUUGAAAGCACCAUUCAUUCUUGGGAGCAGAAAUUAAUCCUUUUGCAAGAAAUCAUCGACGCUUGGUUUUCGGUCCAAAAAAUGUGGCUCUAUUUAGAGCCCAUUUUCACCUUCUCUGAUAUCCAGCAACAGAUGCCUGAGGAAUCUAAACGUUUUGGUGCCAUUGAUAAGAUAUGGAAAGAUAUAAUGAAAUCUGCCUCUUCUAACACAACAGUCUUGGUAGUCAUAGGAAUCGAUAAAAUGCUCGAACGACUCGCCAAAUGCAACACCUUACUGAAUUUGAUCCAAAAAGGAUUAGGUAGUUAUCUGGAUACGAAACGUCUCAAUUUCCCUAGAUUCUUUUUCUUAUCGAAUGAAGAAAUUCUCGAUAUCAUUUCAAAUACCAGAGAUCCUGCUGGGGUACAACCGUAUUUGAAAAAAUGUUUCCAAGGUAUUCACAAGUUUCGAUUCAACGACGAUUGCGAUAUUUUGAGCAUUAUUUCGGAUUUUGGAGAAGAACUGGUGUUUCGUGAAAUGGUAAACACGAGUUCGCGAAGAGGGAAUGUUGAAAAAUGGUUGGCAGAUGUGGAAGUCGUCAUGAAACAGAGUGUUAGAGAAGAGGUUUUGAAAAGUAUCGAAUCUUACGAUAAAAUGAAUUUCGACGAGUGGAUCAAAUCUUCGAUUCAGCAGGUCAUUUGCCUCGUUAUCAAUAUCAUCAGUACUCGGAAACUAGUGAGUAUUCUGGAUAAUACGAAGGGUCUGGAAGCUUACUUCGCAGAAUGUCUGAAUAUGGUUGGCAAUGUUACUGAAAAAUUGAAAAUGAAGACUGAUAAGAAGUAUAGGAUUUUACUAGGUGCAUAUUUAGAAUCACCUGUUGGAUUAGGUAAAUCAACGAUGAUCAAAGAUUUCGCCAAACUAGCUGCUAAACAUUUUGUCAUCUUUGGCUGCUUCAAACAACUCGAUUAUUCCGUAGUAGAGAAAUUUUUCAAGGGUGUAGUGGCCUCCGAUUCGUGGUUCUGUUUCGAUAAUUUACACGUAGUCAACGAAGAAGGUCUGCAAAUUAUCGAUCAUUUCGUCAUAUCGAUUCAGAGACGUAUUUUCUUCAACGAAGAAUGCGUAAGGUUCAACGGUACUACUUUUGAACGAUGUAAUGGUAUGAUUUAUGCCACAGUGUGUUCAGAAAAUCCGUCUAAAAAGGUGGAAUUACCAGCUAGUGUCAGAACGUAUUUUCGUCGAAUUUGUUUCAAAGAUAUCCAAUUCAAAGAGAUUAUUGAGAUGGAACUCGUCGUGCUGGGUUUUCGAGACUGCGCUGGUUUGGCUAAAAGGGUUUCUGACGUUUUAGCCAUGUGCGGUGAUUUAUUCAAAGAUCAGGAUUGUUUUCAAAAUGUGAAGAAUAUUUUGAAAAGUGCCAAAACUCUGAAACUCAAACAUCCACGAGACGAUGAGAAAGUAAUCUUAGGUCAAGCUAUCAGGUUCACAACCCAAUCUCUUCUGAGACCUGAAGAUGAAACUUCGCUAGAAACGAUCUUGAAGAACGUUUGUCAAUGUGAAAUUCCAGUUCUUGCUGCGAACGGGAUAGUGAAUUUGGCUGAAAAAGUCUGCAAAUCGAAUAACAUAGUUUUUAAUCCGGAUAUGAGACAAAAAAUUGAAUUAUUUUACACAGCUAUGUACUACACCUCUGGUUUGAUGCUGGUGGGAGACGAGUUUACUGGUAAAACAACACUGCUGAGUGUUUUAUCGCAGAUUUACUCGCUAAAAGAAGGUGGAAACGGUCAAGAAAUAGAAAUGGUUGUCAUCAAUCCGCAAUCGGUUACGUUACAGCAGUUGUACGGCCAUCAGGAUGAAUUAACUAGUGAAUGGGUGGAUGGUAUUUUAUCAGCUCAUUACAGGAAGUUCGCCAGAUCCGAAAAUACAAACAGGAAAUGGUUAAUUUUCGACGGACCUUGUGAUCCAUCAUGGAUGGAGCAAUUACACAGUGUUUUAGACGAAAUGAAAAAACUAUGUUUGAAAUCAGGAGAAACGUUGGAAUUACGCGAUAACACUAAUUUAAUAUUUGAAACCAAUAAUUUACAUCACGUGUCUCCUUCUGUGGUAUCUAGAUGUUGCCUAAUUUUCACGAAUGAAAGUACAGCCAAGUGGGAGUAUCUGAUUUCUUCGUGGGUGAAAAAGUUGCCACCAUUUUUGAACAAUCUGCUAGAGCACGUGGAGAAAUUAGCGUUGAGAUUUUGCCCAGUGCUGUUCUCGUUCAUAGAUUCUGUUCGGGAUAAUCUCAUAUACCAAGUAAAGAAAAACGUAAUGAUUAAAUCCUUAUGCGAUAUAUUCGAUUGCUUCAUGGAUGAUUUCAACGAUGAAAAUUAUAAUCAGAAUAUUUCCGAAAUUGAUACCAGAUCGCAACUGGAGGGAGUAUUUUUCUUCUCUUGCAUCUGGUCUUUGGGCGCACUACUGAAUAAAGUUGAUAAGGAAAAAUUCGACGCAUUGUUUCGAGCCUUACAGCAAAAAGAGUUUCCUAAAGAGAUCCAAGAAAGGUUUAAUUUACCAGAUCAUCUCUGUGGUCCGGCUGCCAAACAGUAUGUGUACAUUAUUCCCGAUUAUGGCACUGUAUUCGAUUAUCAGUAUAUUAAAGAGGGUAAAGGUAAAUGGAAACUGUGGUCAGAAAGUGUAACGUUGACUUCAGCUAUUCCUCGAGAUGUGCAGUUCCAUCAGAUUAUUGUGCCGACUAAAGCAACCAUUCGUAAUCAUAAUCUGAUUUCGAUGCUUGUAAGGCAUGGAAAACCAGUCAUGUUUGUGGGCGAUGCUGCUACUGGGAAAACGGUCGAUAUUAAAUCUUACGAUGGUCAGUUGACCGCCCUCAUUGGAUGA